UCACGUGAGACUUGAACUCCCGUCUCGUCGGGUCCAUAAGUUUGGACAGUGGGCCGUGUCGCCCUCGACUGGGAGCUCCGUCUUUCAAGCGCGUUCGCCCUCCUGCCCCUCCUAACGGACACUUCCGCACCUAUAAGAUUUUUCCUGGUUAUUGGAACAGACGAUCUUUCAACGAACUAUGUCAUCAUCUAUUCCCUGUAAUCAGCCUAAUAAUAAAGGUCCAGACAGAUGGGCUAUUUUUCCUUUCUAUUUACUGAGUCAGAGAAGAAUUGAGGACUGAAGCAUGUCAUCACUGUAUCAUUUCAUCCUGAAUGUACGAAAUCCUAACAGCUUAGAAUCAAGCAUAGUUCUUGGCAUACAACAGGAGGAGACUGAUAGUCUGUUGACUGAGUGAAUGAAUGAAAAAAUAAGGAAAUGAAGUUACUUUCUACCACUAAAGAAGCUGCCUGCUGGGAAGGAGACAUGAACACUAAUUUUUAAAUGCCUGCACAGUGAGUCAGAAUGGUGCUGUUCUGGACAACCAGGAAGCCUUGGCCAUCAUGAACAACAGGCUGGCAGAAACCAGUGGGGACAGGUAAGCUACUUUUCUUGAAAGCAGAAUGUCUCAGACUUUAGCUUUGAAGAGGAAGAGUUGCCAGGACUGGACGAGCACUUUUGAAUUUCCCAUGAUGCCAGACCCAGUGGCUCCCUUGAGAAACUGUACCACCUCCACCCUUACCCUUCUCUUAACCAACCCCCACUAUCCCUGGGCUACCAGAAGCCAGAGCCACCCAGAUGUGCAGCCCAAAUCCUGUCUCUCUCACUGGGAAGGGGGAUCUGGAGGGAGGUGUCUGUAGCCUUUGCUUGGGGAGGGGACGCUUGGACUCCAUGAUUCUGAGAAAGGACUUGCUCAGGUGGUGUGGAGCCGAUCUCAGCCUGAGCCUAAUGUGUCAUAAAUGAAGGGUGGGACUAGGCAGGGGAGGGGCACGCAGUUGCUACGGAUAUGUGAGCAUCAGAGAGCUGUCAUAAUGGUUCUGCUCUGGCUUAAGGGAGCUGCUCUGGUCCUCUGGCUCAUUGUGCCCUGGAGCCUUUGCUGCCAUGUCCUGGCUGCGUUUCUGGGCCCCGUGGCUUCUUGUGUUGCUACCAUUGUGGCUGCUGGUCCAAGCAGCUCAGCCUCCGGGUUGGGCCCUGGACCCUGUGCAGCUGACCCACAGACCCCCAGGACCAACCGAGUCCUGGUCUUUGGAUCCCUCCAAUCUCCCUCUUGAAUUUCCCCAUCCACGUCAACAACUGAUGCAUCCUGUGGUUCCUUUCUGGUACACAGGUUCAGCUGGAGAGCUGCCCCCAGGACCAGAACUUUGGGACAAGCCUGGCCAGCAUGAAAGUCCACCAGAGGUGGUUCCGGUGGUGGAUUCCCAGGAUCAGCCUCCAGAGCCCCCGGAGAUGGAUGACAACUACAAAGACCUGCAGGCGGCCCUGGCUGUGCCUUCCUUCACUCCUGAAGAGGCUGAGCCCCCAGUCCAGGAGGAAGCCCCAGCUCCAUCUCCAGCGCGCCCACAGGGGACACUUCCACAUCCCGGGCAGGUUCCCAGUCAGCGUCCAAACCUGACUCAGGUCACAGCUGCACCUGGGGACCUGGACGUUUCCGUACCUCGGCAGCCAGAGCCGUCUGAGGCAGGUUUUCCAUCACUGACUCAGAAUUCAGUGGUGAACACCACCACAAACAACAUAUGUGAGCUCUGUAGCUGCACAGACGAGACGCUGGCGUGCGUUGGUCUCAGCCAGGAGCAGAAGCUCCAGAGUGUGCCCGUGCCAGAGCCCAACGCUCACAAUGGCACCUUCACGAUCUUAAAUUUCCAAGGAAACUCUAUUUCUUACGUUGAAGAAAAUACAUGGAAGUCAUACACUUGGGUUGAGAAACUAAUUCUCGGUGACAAUCAGUUGAGUGAAUUACAUAAGGACUCAUUUGAAGGCCUGCUAUCCCUCCAGUAUUUGUAAGUUAGUUACUCACAUUUAUUUAUGAGCUUUUAUUUAUAUUAUCUAUAACAUAAAUAAGAGUUUAAAUUGGACAAGUUCUAUAAUUUCUCCCAACAAUAAAAAUUUAUAAUUCUGUAAGUCUGUGCAGGGAGGGCGCUAGCCACUCUCUAGCAUUAAAAACCUCCUAGGUGUUUUCA